CAAUGUUGAGGCCAAUCUUCUGUGGGAACUUUGAGUAUGAUGCUAGGCAAUCUGAUCUGGAACGUCUGUUUAGAAGAUAUGGACGAGUUGAAAGGGUGGAUAUGAAGUCAGUGCAGCAGCUACCGCAAUUCAGCAGGGCCGCUUACUAUUGUAGAGGUUGCCGCUUCCUCUCGAGUUGGUUGUUCAGCAGUAUGACUGUAACAUCGUUCUGAAGAUUCAAAUCAGCAGCAACAUCUUCCUUUGUGUCAAGUCCUAAGAUUAACAUUGGAUUUCCAUACACUUCCUGGCUAAUGGAUGGGCACUUCAGAAUUCUCUUUCCUGCCUGAGACGAGCUUCCUCUUCUUGUUUUCAAGAAGAGUCACUCUGAUCUGCAGAGGCACUACCAUCCCUCAUUUUCCUCAGACACUAUUGCUUUUCAUUCCUCAUGACUUUGCCCCAGCCUUCAAUUUCAGACAUGUUUCAAGAUUGAAACAUUGCCGACCUCAAGGCAGAGGCAACAUGGAGAAGGCACUAUUUUCAUUGACCCACCAUGAGACAUCCACUUUUGGGUUCUUGUUCAUUGACAUCGCUUAGUUCAUCACACAAGGUUUUGCUUUUAUCUACAUGGAAGAUGAGAGAGAUGCUGAGGAUGCAAUUCGAGGACUUGAUCGAACAGACUUUGGUCGAAAGGGUCGCAGGCUGCGUGUUGAAUGGACUAAGCAAGAACGUGGUGUAAGGAGGCCUGAGAGCUCAAAAAGAUCUUCGACUAGUUCUAAACCUUCAAAGACCUUGUUUGUUAUUAAUUUUGAUCCGUAUAAUACGAGGACUAAAGAUUUGGAGAGGCAUUUUGAGCCAUAUGGGACAAUAGCGAGCGUAAGGAUCAGAAGAAAUUUUGCAUUUGUUCAGUUUGAGUCACUAGAGGAUGCCACAAAGGCCUUGGAAGCUACAAAUAUGAGCAAGCUAAUGGACCGAGUUAUUUCGGUGGAGUUUGCAAUUCGGGAUGAUGAUGAACGUAAAUACAGCCCUGACAGAAGCCGUGAUAGAUCCCCGGACAGGAGAAAUUAUGAUAGAAGGCGCUCACCAGGUCCCUAUCGAAGAGACAGGGGUAGCCCUGAUUAUGGCCAAGGCUCUAGCCCCAAUCCUUACAGGAAAGAGAGGGUGAGCCCUGAUUAUGGUCGUGGUCGCAGCUCUAGUCCCUACAAAAGAGAUAGGACAAGCCCUGAUAAUGGUCGUGGUUCAAGUCGUAGUCCUUACAGAAGAGAGAAGCCUGGCACAGAUCGUGUGCGUGGCCGCAGUCGUAGUCCUUACCGCAGGGUGAGGGCUAGUCCUGACAAUGGUCGUGAUCCCAGCCAGAGUCCUUAUCGCAAAGAGAAGUCCAGCCCUGAAAAUGGUCGUGGCCCUGGCAAUAGUCCUUAUAGAAGGGAGAGGGACAACUCUAAGAAUGGUCGUGACAACAGCAUUAGCCCGUAUUCUAGAGAUGGAGGUUCCCCUGAUAAUGGUCGUGGACCCAGUCCAAUUUCAAUGCCUGAGCCUAGGGACAGCCCCAACAACUUUGGUGGAGCUGAAAGCCCCAUGCCUGAGAGAUAUCCCGUUCACCUCCAGGGGAGGAAUGAUUUCGUGACUGAUAGUCACUCACCCCCAGACGAUGAAUGAAGGAAUGAUGGUCAUCCUGACAGUUUCUUGUUUUGAUGAUCUGUACGGUGUGGAACCAUGUUUCUAGCAUUGCUGCAUGUGUACUUUACAUAAUUUCUUUUGUCGGAUUGUGGCAAUGGCCAGCAAUAUGUUCCAGCUGAUCUUGUAAUGUUGGACGAAAUGUACUGUUAGUUUCAUUUUAUGCUUGACAUUAUCAACAUUAUGUUCCUUGUGGUUUCGUUUUAUGCUUGACAUUAUCAACAAUAUGUUCUUUGUGGUUCAGUUUGGUAAUGUACUUGUACUUUCCAAUUUUGCA